AUGUCUAAAGCAUCAGCUGUCCACCUAUCAUUUAUGUACGACUUAAUUGUUAUUGGAGGGGGUUCUGGUGGUUUAGCUGCUGCUAAGGAAGCUGCAAGACUUGGAAAAAAAGUUGCACUAUUUGAUUAUGUCAAACCAUCAACUCAAGGUACAAAAUGGGGUCUUGGUGGUACAUGUGUUAAUGUUGGAUGUGUUCCAAAGAAGUUAAUACAUUAUGCAGCUAAUAUAGGUACUAUAUUACAUCAUGAUACUUCUAAUUAUGGAUUUGAAGUUACAUCAACUUUCAGAUGGAGUAAUUUAAUACAAACAGUUCAAAAUCAUGUAAAAUCUCUUAAUUUUUCAUAUAGAAGUGGAUUAUUUAGCUCAGGAGUUGAAUAUAUUAAUUCUUUAGCUAAUUUAGAGGAUAGACAUACUGUAUUAUUUAAAAGAAACAAUGAAAUAAUGAAAUAUACUACAGAACAUAUAUUAAUUGCUGUUGGAGGGAGGCCUAAUAUUUCUGAAAGUGUUCCUGGUGCUUUAGAAUAUGCUAUAACAUCAGAUGAUAUAUUUUCUCUUUCUAAACCUCCUGGUAAAACUUUAAUUGUAGGAGCAUCAUAUAUAGGACUUGAAACAGCUGGAUUCUUGACAGAAUUAGGAUUUGAAGCUAUUGUAGCUGUUCGUUCAAUUCCUUUACGUGGUUUUGAUCGUCAGUGUUCUGAAAAAGUUGUUUCUAUGAUGAAAGAAUAUGGUACUAGAUUUCUUGAAGGUGUUGUACCUAUAAAUAUUGAGAAGAUUGAUGAUGAAUUAAAAGUUGUAUUUAGUAAUGGUUAUACAGAACAAUUUGAUACAGUAAUUUAUGCAACAGGAAGAUAUCCAGAUACUAAAUAUUUAAAACUUAAUGAAAUAGGGGUACAUCUUACAUCAAAUAAUAAAAUUAUUGCUCCUAAUGAUACAACUAACAUUCCAAAUAUUCAUGCAAUUGGUGAUGUUGUUGAUGGACGUCCUGAAUUAACCCCAGUAGCAAUUAAGGCAGGCAUUUUAUUAGCAAGACGUCUUUUUGGAAAUUCUAAAGAAUUUAUUGAUUAUAAAUAUAUACCUACAACUAUUUUUACACCAAUAGAAUAUGGUUCUAUUGGUUAUUCUUCAGAAGCUGCUAUUGCAGAAUAUGGUGAAGAUGACAUAGAAGAAUAUCUAUUUGAAUUUACUACAUUAGAAAUAGCAGCAUCACAUCGUUAUAAAGUUGAGUCAAGUAGAAUGGAUAGUGGUGAUUUUUAUAUGUCACCAAAUUCAUUUGCUAAGCUUAUUACAGUUAAAAGUUUGGAUAAUAAAGUUAUUGGAUUUCACUUUGUUGGUCUUAAUGCUGGAGAAAUAACUCAAGGUUUUUCUUUAGCAAUUAAACUUGGUACUAAAAAAAGUGAUUUUGACUCUAUGAUUGGCAUACAUCCCACUGAUGCAGAAGUAUUUUCAGACUUAAGUAUUACUAGGAGAUCAGGUGAAUCUUUUAUUGCAACAGGUGGAUGUGGUGGUGGGAAAUGUGGUUAG